AAGCAGGUACUUGGCUAGUGAGGAAUAAGUUGAAAUGUAAAUAUUUCAAACAGAAAAUAAUUUAUUUUUGAAAUAAAAAAGUAAUUGAGAAACUAACGAACCAUUCUCUGAGCAAUACUGCACCGAUGUUUUUUUUUUUCUUUGUAAAUAAUUAAAAAAAUAAAUAAUGCGUAAUGCUCAUAAAGCUAACGGGAACCAAUCGGAACACACCACACAUGUCUUCACAAAGUGCUUAAGCAGGUGAAUAGGUAAUACUGAAGAAGGAAAAAAAUAAAUAAAAAGAAGAAAGUAUAAAAUUGACGACGACUGCAUUCAGUGCGAGGCCUGCUGGCUGUGAACACACAGAACGUGACGAACCCUCCGUCCUGUCGUCUGCCUUCACGGCCUUCAGCACGACCACGCGCCACGUGGCCACCACGCACACUUCUGCGCAUGCGUUGACGCUCAUGGAAAGCUUCCGUCUGUCGUCAGGCGAUUCUCUAGCGAUAAGAAAGGGAACGUUGUGAGUUGAAAAGACAACAAAUGCCGGCGACCAGGACGAUGAUGUUCCGUCAGCCGACUGUAGUGCCGUAAGCGGCUGGUGUCAUCCACUUGACAAGUCAGCGUGUGGAUGCUGACCGGUGACGUCAUCUGUGGCCAUGACACAGCCACACACAGGCGCCGUGCGGUGUCAUUGUGUCUCCGUGGUGCUGAGACAGUUAUAAAGUGUCGCCGCCGUCUCUCCACGUGUGAAUUGUUCCUGUGGUCGCCAGCCGACGGCUUUUGCUGCAACUCACCUACCGACACUCGAGGACAACUACCGACCUGACCGCCAUGGCCAUGCUCGUGGUGAUCUCAGCGCUGAUUGGCUGCCUGACGACGGUCAAAGGUCAGAUAGCUCCAGCGCAGCAGCCCUUACAGCCUGGUCAGCCAGCACAGCCACUCCAGCCACUGCAACCACUGCAGCCUCUGCAACCUCUUCAGCCCCUGCAGGGAGUGCAGCAGCCUCAACCAGCGCAGCAGCCGCUGCAGCCACUGGCACAGUUCGGACAACUGCCGCCUGUCGUGCCCGUCAUCAACCAGGCGGCGCAGUUCGUGCCGCAGCCCGAGUUCUUCUGUCAGGUGACCCCAGUCAUCCCCACGGCGCGCACACAAGCCCAGUGCCUGCGGUCCUUCUUCGCGCAGAACAUCCAGCAGUUCUGCACCUCCCUCGCCACCUUCUGCACCCAGAACUUCCUGGCGCUGUGUCCCAGCCAGGGUACCUUCGUGGCCUGCCAGACGUGCAUCCCCAUGUUCCAGCAGUUCUGCCAGCAGCAGCAGCCACAACAGCCACAGCCACAGCAGAGACUACCACUUCGUGGCUAACCUUGUCGGUGUCAUCAUGUAACAUGUCAUCUCCACAUCGUGUAACAUGUCAUCUCCACAUCAUGUAACAUGUCAUCUCCACAUCGUGUCUCAGACAGUUGCAACACUUGAGAAUUAGUGAAAAGUUAGGAAAACAAUAAUCUCACAAUGUGCAGGAGUAAGGUCUUGUGUUAGUGACCGUUGUCUGCGCACUGACAGCCGGGUAACUGCUUGAUGCUGUAGGGUAAGUGGCUCCAACAGGGUAGACGACAGGGUACACACGGGUAUGAAGAGAAACAAACACUCACACGGUCUUGUAAGGGUUGUAUUGAUGUCAUUUGUUUGUCUGUAGUGAGAGAGUGUUGUCAGUGUCCAAAGACUGAACACAACGCCAUGCUUGACAAUAUUUAGCAUUAUGGGAUGCCAUGACUGUGAUAAUUAACAUCAAACAAAGUAAUGUAGGAUGUAAUGAACAGGGCGGCCUGACGUCUGCCUUCAAACAUCAAGUUGGAAAUGUUGGAAAUGAAGUUUUAAGAAUUGUGUUAAGAGGUGUGCAGCAAGUAGAGCUCGUCAACACCAGGAGCGUGCUGGGUCAUCUGCACUGUGUCACGUGUCUGUCGUCCUGUGAAGACGUGGUCAGAGGACAGGUGCUGCAGGCACAGCACGUGAGAAGUACGUGCUGGAGGCCACGCUCACGUCCUCACAGAGGACACGAACACAGUCCGCCACGUGAUGUGCACCAUGAUGACGUCACGUCUCCAACGACUGUGUCUGUUAUACACAAUGAGCUUUGACGUUGAUGUACUUGAUUAUCUAUAUUGCGUGACAUGUUGUUUGUCAACUAACAUUAUUACUUAAUUAACGAGGUGAAACAAAGUUAUCAUGACCUGCAGACAGAAGAAGACCCCCCCCCCCGGACCGUUUGACCACGUAAAUGUAAAAUACAGGAGACAGCAACACACAGGAGACAACAACACACAGGAGACAACAACACACAGGAUACAGCAACACAAAGCGCCACUCACAGCUGCCACACGAGGACGGAGAUGGAAAUAAAACGAUUCAA